AUGGCUCAUGCUUUGAGACGACAUUCCACGUUGUUACCUCAUCUCUUGUUGAUUUCAUGGCUCGCCAUUUCUGUUUCCGUAGCUCAAGCUGACGGCGAAAACAGCGAGCCGGAUCCCCCUCAACCUAGUACGUUCGAAUCAUCCGUGUGGCGGCAUCUCGCGGAGGGCCGCCUGCAAUGGGGCUUGCUGCCCAAAUCCGAGCCGCAGCAGCCUCAACCAGUCAGCCAGUGGUCCUCGCUCCUAAACUCGUGGCGCGCCGUCCUUCCAGUCGCGCAGCCUGCCGACGACGCAGGCCUUGCGUGGGAUCCGGAGACGCUUUCGGAGGAGGAGAAGAAAGAGCUACUUGCGAACCUGCUGUCACGCGCUGACUCGCCACUCCACGCGCCUGUUCCCGUGCAACCAGCAUACGUUGACCAGGAGACAGACGACCCGUACGCACCCACGCGUCGGUCGCUUCUCGACGACGGUACCGCGAGCGGCAACGCGACUGACGGCGGCGGAGCUGUCGGCGACGUUUCUGGCGGCGACGGGGGAGGCGUCGUCGUGGUUGCGUCCCUCGGGCUGACGCCGCGCGGACUCACUGCCGGCCCGUCUCCCGCGGACCUCAACGGCACGGAUGCGUUCCGGUUCGCGAGCGUGAAGGCGCGCGACUGGGUGGACUGGCGCAUGACUAACGCCCUCACGAACGUCACUGAGCAGGGGCAGUGUGCGAGCAGCUGGGCGGUAGCAGCAGCGGACGCCAUCGCUUCCAUGUGGGCUAUCGUCACAGCCGCGCCCUCCGCGCCGCAGCUCGACGCUUCUCGCCUCUGCACGUGCGCGUCGCCCGGCCAAACGGCUUGCUGCGACGGCGGAUGGACGGAGUGGGCGCUCUCGUACGCGUUAUACGGCAAGGGCGUGACGGGCGGCGACGCCGCGAGCGGUACAGCCGCAACGUGCGACGCUGUUGCGGCCGAUGCCGCUAAAGCCAAGAUUACCGGGUGGGAGCGCGUGCCGGCGUUCGACGUGGACGCGAUGCGGAAGGCCGUCAGCCAGCAGCCCAUUGUCGCGUUCCUCUCCGCCUCCAGCCCCGACUUCAAGGGCUACACGGGCGGUUUUUACAACGGCGGGUGCGGCACGGACGUUGACCACGCCGUGCUGAUCGUGGGCUACGGCGUUGACCCGGUCAACGGCGCGUACUGGCUCGUCAAGAACAGCUGGGGCGACGCGUGGGGCGAGCAGGGCUUCAUGAAGCUCGCCAUUAGGCCCGGCGCCGGGAAGUGCGGCAUCAACCAAAUCGCGCCCAUCUACCCAGUCUACUACCCCGACAGUCCCCCCGCCACCAACUUCCCCGUGGGCCCGCUCGCCGCGUCGGGGCAGGCCGCGCCGGAGCCGCCGUACUGGGAGGCGGGAUGGAAGCCCGCCGCCAACGCCGCCCCGUGCGCGUCGCCCAUCAACCCGUGCGGCGGCGGGAAAUGCGCCAAGAGCCGCAACGGGUUUGCGCGCUGCACGUGCCCCGCGGGAUUCGUGGAGGUCGUGGACGCGCCGACGAGCAUUUGCGUGCCCACCAAGAGGUGCAGCGCGGGGGCGCUGGACCCCUGCGGCGCGGGCACGUGCGCGGACGUGAAGACGGGCGGAUACACGUGCCAGUGCGACGCGGGUUACAUGAUCGGAGCCACUGCAAGCGGCGCCACAACUUGCGUGCCAAUUGCUGCUGGCGGCGGAGCAUCCACCUACACCACAGUCUGGGGCGACACGUGUCAGAAGCUGAUUAACGUCUUUGGCCUGGACCAGUUCACUCUGAUGCAGCUGAACCCCUUCCUUGACUGCACCAACGACCUCCCGGCAGGUCUCAUCCUCGCGGUCUCAGACUCUACAGCGGACGCCACAGCAGGCUGUGCGGCCUCAUACAAGGUUUCACCGGGGGAGACGUGCAGCAGCAUCGCCACCAGGCUGAAAAUCUCCACGGCUGCUCUCAAGACCCUCAACCCCAUGGCGGACUGUGCACGCCUCUACUCUGGCCAGCAGCUCUGCGCCAAGGCUGCGGUCAUCACCCCUGCCUCGUCUGGCCCUGUUUGCGGGCUCACAUACGUGGCCACUGGGAGGGAUACCUGCAACAGCGUCAGGCAGACAUACGGCCUCUCACUCGCUCUCUUCACCUCGUUGAACCCAGCGCUGCGCUGCACUGGCCCGCUGCCAGUGGGGCUGACCAUGUGCGUUUCUCCCAUGUCAAGUGCCAUCGCUGUUGGGUGCACGGUGCGUCACACGGUGCAGCUCGGGGACAGCUGUGUGGGUAUCGCUGCUGCUGCCAACAUCUCCUCCACAGCGUUCCUCGCCCUCAACCCCGGAAUCAGGUGCGAGCCGCAGCAGCUGCAGAUCGGCCAGCCGGUGUGCAUCGACUCGCCUGCUCUCGACGGCAUCAACGCAGCGCUGCCCAAGGCGGUGAGGAUGCUGCCAUACGUGGUGGUGGAGAACGACACCCUGGCCAGCAUUGCAGUCUCCUUCUUCCCGCGCUGCGGCACCACUGCGGGCGAGCCGGCCAUCUGCCAGGCCAAUGGGCUCGUGCCGUGUGACAACAGUGCGCUCAAGCUGGGGCUCGCCAUUGUGGUGCCCUGCUCGCCCAGGGAGAGCAACUGCGGCUGCCCCGCCAGCAUCAUGGUCUGUGGAGCGGACUACAGCACCUACCCUUCGUACUGCGAGGCGUUGUGUAACAGCGCUGUGCCUGUGACGCCUGGUCCCUGCACGCCGUGCCAGCAGGCCUGCUACAAGCGGUCGGGCCUGAAAGCCAACCCUAGCUUCCAGGGUGGGUGCACUGUGGACCUCAACUCCACCUUCUGCUCCUACCCCACGUGGCCUCCUCCUGACUGGAACCUCAUGGCCGAGUCGCCUUGUGCUUUCGAGAACACCUCGUGUGAUGCUGUCUGUGGUGACACGGCUUCCAUGCUGGCGAAUCCGGUCACGGAUGCUGCUCAGUGGGGUGUGUUCAAGGCGCAGUGCAAGGGCCAGUGCAUGUGCACGCCGCGUGUGCCGUGUGGGGGCGACCAGUGCUUGGACUCCUGA